GACCUUUGCUCCCAGUUUCCGACAGGAUCUGACUAUGCUGAGCACAGCGAGAACAGUUGUGUGCGCGUUUCACAAGUUCACUUUCACACUCAGACUUUCACAGCACUUUCGCAGCAUGUCGUCGUGUCAAACCGCACGGAAAGUUCCAGCCUCGGUUUUGGGCUCCAUGACGUUCGGGGGGCGCGCGGACGCGGACACGAGCGCGAAGAUGGUGCAGGCGUUUGUGGAGCGCGGGCACGACGAGCUGGACAGCGCGUUCAUGUACAAUGACGGGAACGCGGAGACGAUCAUAGGGGCAAUGCGCGUGCCUCAGACUGUUCGAAUUGCCACCAAAGCGAACCCCUGGGACGGGAAGACGCUGAAGCCGGAGAGUGUUCGCUCUCAGCUGGAGACGUCGCUCAAGAGGCUGCGCACUCAAAGUGUCGAUAUCUUCUACCUGCACGCACCAGACCACGAGAACCCCAUCCAGGACACCCUGAGAUGCUGCAAUGAGCUGCACAAACAGGGAAAGUUUAAAGAGCUCGGCUUAUCGAACUACGCCGCGUGGGAAGUGGCUGAAAUCCACACCAUCUGCAAACACAACAGCUGGGUUCUUCCGACCGUCUACCAGGGAAUGUACAACGCUACCACGCGACAAGUGGAAACAGAACUGCUGCCGUGUCUGCGCUACUUCAACAUGCGCUUCUACGCCUACAAUCCCCUGGCAGGAGGCCUGCUUACAGGGAAAUAUCACUACGAGGAUAAAGACGGCGCUCAGCCUGCAGGACGCUUCUUUGGAAAUAACAGGGCUGCUGUGUACAGAGACAGGUUUUGGAAAGAGAGUCAUUUCCAGGCUAUAGACGUCGUCCUAAAGGCCCUGAGCGCCGCCUACGCUUCAGAGACGCCAAGCUUGACCUCGGCCGCCUUACGCUGGAUGUAUCAUCACUCUCAGCUCAGGGCCGAGCUUGGAGACGCCGUGAUCCUCGGCAUGUCCACCAUGGAGCAGCUCCAGGAGAAUCUGGCUGCAACUGAAGAAGGUCCUCUAAAGCAGGAAGUGGUGGAAGCCUUCAAGCGUGGCUGGGAUUUAGUGGUUCACGAGUGUCCUAACUACUUCCGCUAGACGUGUGAUCAGUGGUGGAAAGAGUACUAAAUAAAUCACAUUCAAGUAAAACAUUUUAAUAAAAUCUAAUCUUAUUAAA